GCGGCUUCUCUCUCGGUGGUCGGUCCGGCAGUCCACGACCCCCGGACGGAGGACGCAGUCCGGAGCGGCCGCGCAGCCCCGGGCGCUGGCCGGGGCGAGCCGACGCCUCGGCCCGCAGGACGGGCCCGGGGCGGGAUGUAGGGCGCUGGGCGCGGAGGCCGCCGGCGCGGCGGGGGGAGCGCGGAGGGCGCGCCGAGGAUGGAGAGAGCGAUGGAGCAGCUCAAUCGCCUGACGCGCUCGCUGCGCCGCGCGCGCACUGUGGAGCUGCCCGACGAUAAUGAAACUGCUGUUUAUACAUUAAUGCCAAUGGUUAUGGCUGAUCAACACAGGUCUGUUUCUGAACUACUAUCAAAUUCGAAGUUUGAUGUCAAUUAUGCAUUUGGACGUGUGAAAAGAAGCUUGCUUCACAUUGCAGCAAAUUGUGGAUCGGUGGAAUGCUUGGUUCUGCUGUUAAAGAAAGGAGCAAAUCCUAACUAUCAAGAUAUUUCAGGCUGUACGCCCCUUCAUUUGGCAGCCAGAAAUGGGCAGAAGAAAUGCAUGAGUAAGUUAUUAGAAUACAGUGCUGAUGUCAACAUUUGUAAUAAUGAAGGCCUUACAGCAAUACACUGGCUGGCUGUGAAUGGGCGGACGGAACUACUUCAUGACCUUGUACAGCACGUCAGUGACGUUGAUGUUGAGGACGCGAUGGGGCAGACAGCGCUGCAUGUGGCCUGCCAGAACGGUCACAAGACGACAGUGCAGUGCUUGCUAGACAGUGGUGCUGAUAUUAACAGGCCAAAUGUAUCAGGAGCCACUCCACUGUACUUUGCUUGCAGUCAUGGUCAGAGAGACACAGCACAGAUUCUUCUAUUACGAGGAGCCAAAUAUCUGUCAGAUAAAAAUGGAGUAACGCCUCUGGAUUUAUGUGUACAGGGUGGAUAUGGAGAGACAUGUGAAGUGUUAAUUCAGUAUCACCCUAGGCUUUUCCAGACAAUUAUUCAAAUGACACAGAAUGAAGAUCUCCGAGAAAACAUGUUACGUCAAGUUCUGGAACAUUUGUCUCAGCAAAGUGAAAGCCAGUACCUAAAGAUCCUAACAAGCCUUGCUGAAGUUGCCACAACAAAUGGUCAUAAACUGCUUAGCCUGUCUAGUAAUUAUGAUGCUCAAAUGAAGAGCCUUUUAAGGAUUGUGAGAAUAUUUUGUCAUGUCUUUCGAAUUGGUCCAUCUUCUCCCAGUAAUGGAAUCGAUAUGGGCUACAACGGGAAUAAAACUCCAAGAAGCCAGGUGUUCAAGCCUCUGGAAUUGCUUUGGCACUCAUUAGAUGAGUGGCUAGUUUUAAUAGCUACAGAAUUGAUGAAAAGCAAAAAGGACUCGACAGAUAUCACUUCUAUUUUACUGAAACAGAAAGGCCAAGAUCAAGAUGGUGCUUCCAUUCCUCCAUUUGAGCCUCCAGGACCUGGGAGCUAUGAAAAUCUAUCCACUGGCACAGGGGAAUCUAAGCCAGAUGCUCUUGGAGGGAAACAGGAAGCUGGUACAGACUGUCAGGAUGUUAUUUCUAUGACAGCUAACCGGCUAAGUGCUGUCAUUCAGGCUUUUUACAUGUGCUGUUCUUGUCAGAUGCCUCCAGGAAUGACUUCACCCCGUUUCAUUGAAUUUGUCUGCAAACACGAUGAAGUUUUAAAAUGCUUUGUUAACAGAAAUCCCAAAAUUAUAUUUGACCACUUUCACUUCCUUCUUGAAUGUCCUGAGUUGAUGUCAAGAUUCAUGCAUAUCAUAAAAGCACAGCCAUUUAAAGAUCGCUGUGAAUGGUUCUAUGAACAUUUGCAUUCAGGACAACCAGACUCAGACAUGGUGCACAGGCCAGUGAAUGAAAAUGAUAUCCUGCUGGUUCACAGAGAUUCUAUUUUUAGGAGUAGCUGUGAAGUUGUGUCAAAAGCCAAUUGUGCGAAGCUAAAGCAAGGAAUUGCUGUACGGUUCCAUGGAGAAGAAGGCAUGGGUCAAGGUGUUGUGCGUGAGUGGUUUGAUAUUCUGUCUAAUGAGAUAGUCAAUCCUGAUUAUGCAUUGUUUACCCAGUCAGCUGAUGGAACAACUUUUCAGCCUAAUAGCAACUCCUAUGUAAAUCCUGAUCACUUGAACUACUUCCGGUUUGCUGGACAGAUCUUGGGAUUAGCUUUGAACCAUAGGCAGCUGGUCAACAUUUACUUCACGAGAUCCUUCUACAAGCACAUUCUUGGUAUUCCUGUAAAUUACCAAGAUGUGGCAUCCAUUGAUCCAGAAUAUGCCAAAAAUUUGCAGUGGAUUUUAGAUAAUGAUAUUAGUGAUCUGGGUCUAGAACUGACUUUUUCUGUUGAGACUGAUGUGUUUGGAGCAAUGGAAGAGGUGCCUUUGAAACCUGGGGGUGGAAGUAUUCUUGUGACACAAAAUAACAAAGCGGAGUACGUCCAGCUUGUUACUGAACUUCGAAUGACAAGAGCCAUUCAGCCUCAGAUCAAUGCUUUCUUACAGGGCUUCCAUAUGUUCAUUCCACCUUCCCUCAUACAACUUUUUGAUGAAUAUGAAUUGGAGCUGCUGCUUUCGGGCAUGCCAGAAAUUGAUGUGAGUGAUUGGAUGAAAAAUACAGAAUACACAAGUGGCUAUGAAAGAGAAGAUCCAGUUAUUCAGUGGUUCUGGGAAGUUGUGGAAGACAUUACUCCAGAGGAGAGAGUUCUUCUCUUGCAGUUUGUUACUGGCAGUUCCAGGGUCCCACAUGGUGGAUUUGCUAAUAUCAUGGGUGGAAGUGGAUUACAGAACUUUACAAUUGCUGCUGUGCCAUAUACUCCAAAUCUUCUACCGACUUCAAGCACAUGGCUGAAAGGAACUUAUUUUCUUCCACUACAUUUGCAUGCUAAAGGAAACUGCAAUGCAGCAACAUCAACAUGCUCAAGUUACCUGAAUACCCAAGUAAAGAAAUACUCAAGGACAGGCUUCUUGUGGCACUGCAUUGUGGCAGCUAUGGUUACACAAUGGCGUAAUGAAGUCUGGAAAACUCAUCUGACUGCUGAUGUGCAAUUCAGAGUGGCAGAAGUAAUUUAGGAAACUGUCAACAGAAAAGCAGCCCAAAUGCAGCCCAUAGGCAGGGCUGAUGUUUAAAAUUCAUAAAGGAUCAGGUUUUCUUUUUUCCUUCCUCUCUUUUCCCUUUUAUGUUUUCUCAGUUUGUGAUACGAUUAGAAAUAUAAAAUCACAGUAGUCUUCAUUUUAAAAAAUGCUAAUUUAAAGUGGUAGAAACUGUUCUUUUUUCAUAUUUUUUAAAUCUUAUCCAAGAUUGUGUUAAGGCAAAAUCUUAUUUUACAUUUCACCUUUGCUAUGUAACUGUCUUGUUAAAAGGAUGUUUUCUCUUUAUUUUCCUAUAUGUUAAAUUAUAUUAGGACAUCCAGCCUGGUAUGUUCUAUUGCAUGUAAAGUACCGUUUAUAUUUUGGAAAACUAUUGUAUAGAAUGGAUUUAUUUAGAUUGUGUAUAAAGCCACAAAUAUGUAUUUUCCCAUAUUGAAUCUAUAUUGCAAUGAUGUUUUUUAGCUUUUUAAUAUUUUAAUAUAUAAUGUAAAGUUUAGACUGAUGUGACUAACAGCUGAUGAAAUGACAUCUAAUUUAUAUAUUAAAGCUUAUACUAUAUUGUA